CUCGGAAGCUCCACAUUUAAACCCGAGGGUCAUCAACCAACGCCAAAUAAAUAUAGGCAGCUGCCUAACGAAUAAUGUCCCUUGGGUGGAGAGUCAUCAACACCCUCCUUCCUGCAAGACAGCCGCCUAAAGAGGUAUCAUUUUGAUCCUCUCACAUAAUACCAGUCACCUUUUGGGCUUCAUCUCCGAAAAGAUCUACACCAGCGCCAGGGUCACGCACGAACAAUGGCCAUGGACUGGCAAAGCGAGGAGGACCUGGCCACCCAGACCGCGCCACUGGAGGUGAUCGAUCCGAGCCUCGGGCAGCCGCACACACACACCGUCAUAUUCCUACACGGCCGCGGCGACAGGGCCCCCAACUUUGCACGAAGCAUCCGGUACAUGACCUGGAGCAACUCAAAGCGGCAGACGGCCGUCGACGUCCUGCCGACCUUCCGCUGGGUGUUCCCCGACGCCGGCCAGAAGCCCUGCGCCAGGCCCGGGGCGCUGCCGAGCAUGAGCCAGUGGUUCGACCUGUGGGACCACCUCAACCUCAAGGAGCGCGAGGAGCUGCAGGCGCCUGGGCUGCGGGACAGCGUCGCCCGGAUCAGGGCGCUGAUAUCCGACGAGGCGGCGCGGCUGGGCGGUAGGUACGACAAGAUCGUGCUCAUGGGCAUCAGCCAGGGCGGCGCCACCAGCGUCCACACGCUCCUCAACCUAGGACUGCCGGAGGCUUAUUCCGGGCCGAAGAGGCUGGGCGCCUUUGUUGGUGUCGCCUGCCGCAUGCCCUUUCCGGGCCUCAGUUUGAAGCAGACGCGGGAUAUCCUCGGGCUAGAGGGGACACCCAGUGAUGAAUUGGUCUUGAAUACGCCCGUGCUUUUGGAGCACUGCAUGGAUGAUCCUACUGUGUUAUUUGAGGGCGGAAAACAGUUGAGGCAGCAGUUGGAGGGCUACGGAGUCACGGUCACCUGGAAAGAAUAUGCUGAUGGGGGGCAUUGGUUCAAGUCACCUGAGGGCUUGGAGGAUCUGAUUGAAUUCCUGACAGCGGUCUUACCUCGAAAUUAGGAUUAGCAUCAAACUCAAUACUGCAUUGGAUGGAACAAAGAAAUGACAGCCAAAUUGAGUGUGUGGCUGGCUGACCUCAGGAUCUUGCCAAGAGCAGGGAAUUGUGGAGCGGUAGGGCUCCGCCCCUUUGUGAACGGCACUCAUAUAACGUCCUGUCAUACAACGUAUAACACUUAGCCAAAGACCGAAUUAUACUCCAAAGCAUCAAUAGCACAUUCUGCGAACAGCCCAGAUGUCAUAAAGACCACACAUCCUACAAGCCAGCAUGAAUACCAUAAUCAGAUUCCUCAGGCCGCGAGCCACCAAGCCCUGCGACUGUCGGUCAA